CAGGAACUGAUGAUGAUCUUCCACCAUCUCAUUAUAAUAGGGGUGCAAGAGGAGUAUGUGUGAAUGGGAAUGGAAGAGCGAUGAUUGGUGCUAUUCCAUAUGCUAACAUACCAAAUGAUAUGGAAGUUCAAAUACAUCGGCUCGAGCAAGAUGCAUAUAGUUCAGUUCUUCGAGCGUUUAAGGCUCAAUCUGAUGCCAUUACUUGGGAGAAGGAAGAUCUUAUAACUGAGCUCAGAAAGGAGCUGAGAGUAUCAGAUGAGGAACACAGAGAACUAUUGAGCAGGGUUAAUGCCGAUGACAUUAUUCAGAGAAUAAGAGAAUGGAGGCAGGCAGGUGGACUCAAAACUGGAAUGCUUGGUAAUGCUCAACCAGAUGUAGCAGCGCCUAAUGUUUCAGCAUCUCAAAAGAGGCAGAAGAUAUCUCAGCCUAUAUCUACUGUCUCAGUAGGUGCACCAUCUCCUGCACUGCACUCACAACUUGCUGCUUCCAUGCAGCCUUCAUCAUCAAUUGCAAAAAGUGGAGCUGCUGCAGGAACCAAAUCCAAGAAGCCUAAAUCAGGUUGGACAUUAUCUGGUGCAUCUUCGGUGAAAUCCAUGCAGUACCCUUCUGCAGGUCCUAGUGGAAGGGUCCAAAUUUCCAAUAGGAAAUAUUCUGUUGCUUUUGCAGCAGGUGAAACUCCUGAGCCAGCAUCACUCGAUCCACUAAUUGGGCGGAAAGUCAUGACUAGAUGGCCCGAAGAUGAUAAUUUUUAUGAAGCUGUUAUAACUGAUUAUAAUCCACUUGAGGGUCUGCAUGCUUUAGUUUAUGAUAUUGGCACGGACAAUGAGACAUGGAAAUGGGUCAAUCUCAAAGAGAUUUGUCCAGAAGAUGUAAGAUGGGAGGGUGAGGAUCCAGGUAUCACUCAUCAGUCUGGUCAAGGUCCACCACAUCAUGGGGUUAAGAGGACCACAGGCCACGGUGGUGGAAUUCCAGGUGCAGGAAGGGGAAGAGGAUCCCUGAAGAGUCAGACGAAGAGAGAUUUUCCCCCAUCCCAAAAUGGCAAUGCGAAGAAGAGCACUGGUGAUAUUGAAAUACUCCACACUGAAACUCUAAUAAAGGAAGUAGAGAAACUUCUUGGUGAAAGUCAUAUUGAUACUCUCGAGAUUGACAAAGCCAAGAAAAUGUUGAAAGAGCACGAACAGGCAUUGAUGGAUGCAAUUGCAAGGCUAGCGGAUGCAUCUGAUUGUGAUAGCCCCAUUGCGGCAUCUUGUUUUGCAGAAGAGGCCAAGCACCAGUUCUCACAUGGCCAACCCGUCGACCGUGAUCGAGAAUGAACCGGAAGAACGACGGGAACCAGCACGAAGCUAAUUACAACAAUGACAUGGCUGUCAAUUGCAGAGAAAGAUAUGAGGACGACUGAAUGGUUGCACGCUGCGCUGUAGCCUUUGGUUUACCAACACGAUGGCAAUGUCAGUGACAUGUAACUUGUGACCAACCAGUAACGAAGCUACCACCACCUAGGAUGUCGAAGGUGGCCCUAGGUAAUGUAAAACGCCCUUGCUAUUACGCAUGGACUAUUAAUGGUGUCUUCAUCUUUCGAGGAACA